CUCAGCUAUGGCGGACGGAGUUCCUCGAGUGAAUUUGCAGUCUUCAUUUGAUGAGGCGUGGACGACGACAAGACCGAUGGGAGUAGGACCUCCACCUGGAUUCUCCGGACCUUCGCAAACACCGGUGACCCCGACGCCGAUGCCCCAGGGUACAUCGAUCUUGGGUGAAGGAGCAGGCACGAGUAGAGAGCACGAAACUCGUGAGGUGGUAUCAGCGGCAGUCCUCACUCCGUUGCAAGCGGGUCCAGUCGUGACGCAGCAGGUAGGGCCAACAGCGCAGGCCAUGAUGCCGCCAACAGGAGGAGCACCCCAACCCCCUGCUCAGCAAGUAGUGGCCAUGACGAGAGAAGAAGUGCAGAGGAUGGUGGCCGAUGCGGCAGCACAGGCUGUUGAAGGGAGGCCGGAAAGACGUGCUCGAGGACACCCAUUCUCGAGGGAAAUCUUAGCUGCGCCGUUACCUGCGAGUUUCCAGGAGAUAAACCUGAUUUUCGAUGGAUCGAGCGACCCGUCGAGGCACGUGAGAGCAUUCGAAAACAUGUCCGUCUUACACGGAUACUCAGAUCCGGUCAGCUGCAGGGCCUUCCUGUCGACCUUACGGGGGGGCGCGCUCGACUGGUUCCAUCAAUUAGCUCCAGGUUCGAUCAGAAACUUUGAGGAUUUCGCAGGACAACUUACUAAUCAAUACUCAAGUGCGGUCGCCCAGGAGAAGACAUACCUUACACUGAUGGCAAUGAGACAAGGUGAGAAAGAAUCCUUACGGAAAUAUGUUGCUCGAUAUAAUCAGGUGUGUCUGGAGGUGCCCACGGCGGGUGACAAGGUGAAAGCAGGAGGAUUGAUUAGAAGUCUACGGCCAGGACCAUGUCGAACGUCGCUGGCAAAGACGCCUGCUCGAACUUACGAUGAGGUGCUCAAAAGAUGCAAGAAGUACAUUAACUUGGAAGAAACGGAAGCAGAGUUUGCCAAGCUCGAGGACGUUGUGAAACCUGAGCAGAAGAAGGGAAAGACGAGCUCGCCCAGGAGGGGAUCACCUAGGAAAAAUUCCCCAACAGGAGGAUCUUUUAAGAGGCCGUCGCCCAGGAGGGAUGGACGAAAUUCCUUUCGAGCAGAAGAUGCGGAAGGAAUCUUGUUACCCCACAAUGACGCACUGGUCAUCACAGCCGAAGUGGCAGGGUUCGAUGUGAAAAGAGUGUUCAUCGACACGGGGAGCUCAGUCGACGUGAUGUUCUACGAUUGUUUUGCGCAGAUCAACAAACACCUGAAUCUGGAAUUGAAACCGGUGGCUACAGCUUUAUACGGAUUUAACGGUGGAGAGGUAAUGCCAAUGGGCGAAGUGAGCCUGACCGUAGCAUUGGGGUCGGGCGAUUCGAGGAAAGUGAGAAUGAUCCGGUUUGUGGUGGUCGGAGCAGAAUCGUCUUACAAUAUCAUUUUAGGGCGGACAGGUUUAAAUGCGUUCCAAGCGGUCGUGUCUACCUACCACAUGACAAUCAAAUAUCCUUUGGGGGAAAAUGUAGGCGAGAUUGCGGGGGACCAGCUCACAUCGAGGA